GACAAAGAUGUAAAAUUUUCUUUGUGAAGUUUUUGAGUGAAAGUUUCGGAUGAAUUUCAAAUAGGCCUAAAAAUAUCUUGGCACAUACAUUAAUCUUUUAAUUUUCAAGAUUUUAUUAUAACGUACACACGAAUACGAUGAUCGAAAAUACCACAUUGGAUAUAAAUCCUUCGCCAUCAAAUUUAAAUCUUAAUCAACGAUUUAAUUCAUUCUUUGGUAUGCGUGCCACGAGAUCGAGAAAGAAGCCGCUAGAAAAUAUUUUUACGAAUUAGACUUAGACGUUGGAUGUUGGAUUUUACAAGCAUUUUUCUUUGUAACAUGUUCAUCGAUUCGCCGUGGCGAUAGAAUCAUAGUCUCAGGGUUUUAACCAACAACCAACAAAUAAACAAAUGAUACAAAUUUAGAUACAAUAUAAAUAAAUAAGCGCGCGUGUAUAUUUGUGGAGCAAAACAUUAUAAUAAUAAUAAUUACGAUAGUAAUAAUAAUAAUGAGGAUGAUAAUGAUGAUAAUAAUGAUGAUAAAGGAUAUUAACAUUAGUAUUAAUGAUGAUAACAAUGAUGAUGAUAAUAAUAAUAAAAAAAAAACAAGAAACACAAUACCGUGGUUUCUUGUAUUCCGUAACUCGAAAUUUACGCAUUUGUUUUGCAAUACUGGAUGUAUAUCCAGUAUGCGAAAGAAAUAUAAUUCUAACGUCACUUUUUUCUUUUAUGAUCUUUCUCCCUGUAGGUAGGAAGAAGAUUUGUACAUAUACAUAGUUUAUUCGCAUCGUGAAAAUUUACAUCGAUAAAUUCAACCACAUCCUGUAUUUUUUUUUGGCACGGUAUAUAUACGAUUGCACAAUUUGAAAAAAGCUUCCGCUUUUCCAGCGAAACGUGCGUGCGCCAACAAAGAUGAACAAAUGGAUCGUGGAUUUGAAAUGUUUCAUAUAUCAUAGCGUGCACUGUUUACGAUUUGUUUCUUCUUCGAAAGUACAAUAUAAAGUGGUUCUUCGAAAACUCCUUCUUUUCUCGUUCGUUCGCCGGACUCACCAGACCAGUCGUAAAUUGUACCUGCUGCGAAGAAACGUUGCUUCUGCGACUUCUCUAUAUGUGUACAGAAUAUGUGUACAGAUACAUGUAAUUAUAAUUUUUAUAUAAAAAGAAAGGAUACGUAUGUGUGCGUGAGCAUUAGGUAAUAAGUCGAUCGAAAAUAAAAUAGGAAUUAAGCUCGAUAUUUUUAUUCUUCAAAUCUUGAAUGUUGAACGAGCUCCUCUUCGAAAAUUCGCGUUAAAUAUUUACCUAAUAUAAAAUAUGCCGAUUAUAACGAAAUAGAAUACUAUACCUGGCCUCAAUGGCCUCAGUUGGCUCAGCAAUCAUGUUGCGAGAAGAAGCUUCACGUUUGCUUCUUUAUUUGUUAAUCGUCUUUCUUGUUACUUUUUCCAAAAGUUCGUAUGUACUGCGAGACAAUUGUUUGGAAUUCGAUGUGGUUGAGCUCGAGGAUUACUUGUCUCGGAAUAUUGAGAAUGUACCGACGAUCGAUAUGAUGAUCGGCGGUUUCAAAUGUCCCGUCACAGCUUUGCCCUUUGGUGCUUUGAAAUCGGACUGGGCAAGAUUACUGCUUCUGCAGGGAGCGCAACCAAAGGAUUCAAUUCUCUCGAAGAAACUAGGUCGUCUUUUCAGAAUCUUAGUGAUCGCUUAUUUCCAAAUAGAGGAACGUUUCGAUAUUAUUCAAUCUGGAAUUUUGAGCAGCGUAAGUAACACUGAUACGAGGAAAGAAAUGAAGAGAUUCAACAACUCGAUAAUCGAUUUAGCAGAAAUAAAUAAAAAUUUUACUUUUUUUGACAAUAAAAAAUCCAUUGGCACAAUUAAAAUCGAACGAACCACGAGGCUGGAUAAAACGAGAGAAAAUAAAAAUGACGAUUUUAAUACGACACGUAGUAAUAAUUCUUCGACAACCGUCGAAUUUUUAUCUAUCGAUGAUCGGAUGGUAUUUCGCUCGACAACCGAACGAUAUGAGGAAAAGAAGAUGGUAAAUAUUACCGGUUUUUCAGAUAUAAAUACCGAGAAAAAAAAUUACACAGAAAUAUCGAAAACGAACGAAUCCGUCGCAAUUGAAAUCCCGAAUAAUUUUACGAAAGGUCAAGCCAAUAACAAUCGAUUUAAUCCAAUUUCUAAUUUCUACAGCUACUGA